GUAGCAAUAAACCGGCGGCCAACCAGGCAACUCGCCAUCUCACGCUUACCUGGAUCAUGAACCCACAUUUGAAAUGCCGUAUUAGCCAUCAGAGACCAACCCCGGAGAAAUCCAACAGCAGCAGAAUCCGCCAAUGUGGGUGGCACCACCUCGCCAUGCGUGUUUUUUUUUUCCUUUUUUCCCCUUCUCUCCUUGUCGCAGGAAGGAAAGUGUCAGGGGGAUGCUAUACAUACGUAUCGUACGUGAUGACCUGGGUAUUGGCGGCGUGGCUGAUGUCUGGCCUCUCUACGACGUGUGAGGUGCAUAGCCGACAUCGGAAGGGCACAAGGCAACUUGUCAGGCCAGAAUCCCCCCCCUUGGCACUCAGGCUCGCAGAUUAUCGUAGGCACACGUUACAGCGGCAUUCACGUAGGAUAUCGAUUCUAAGCGAAGAGGUGUCGGGCCUAAUUGCAGGGAGAGCCUGCGAAGACCGGGCGGCACGAGACGCAGGUAUACACCAACAUAUAUCGGGGCACGUCGAGCAGGUCCUCAAACAACCCGCCGAGAGCUGCUAUUGGACGCCAAUGGAAGCUCCCGCAUUGCCAUCCAGACUCUAAAAUAGUAGGGCGGGAGCAUCGACCG